GCUGGAAUCUGUGUAGUCAUGUGCACUGAUGCAGAGACAGGGGGAGUGUUGCUGCGAACUGAGAUGAAACUCUGUGUAUGUCUGUGUGUAUACGUGAGUGAGUGUAAGGUACUUGGGGAAGAAGAAGAAGAGGAGCAUGCUGCUGCUUACACACACUACCCUGGCUUGUGCUUCCAGCUAACAGUGGCGUGUCUGUGUUCCUGCACCGGAGAGACUGAUGAAAAACAGUAGUCAAGUCUGGAGGGUGCUUCCCUGUCAGUGCAUUUGCCUCUCAGUCCUUGGGAAAUUAGAAGCAUUGCUCUUUCAUUAUUUCUUACUAGAAUGGGUUGCAAUUUGUGCAGUUUUCAAAAGAGGGAGGAACACUACAAACUGCUUUAUGAAGUUUCCCAGGUCAAUGGAAAGGAUCUGUCCAAAGCCACUCAUGAAGAGGCAGUGGAGGCUUUUCGGAAUGCAAAGGAGCCCAUUGUAGUCCAGGUCCUUCGGAGAGCACCUCUCAUAAAAACACCUGGGAGCUCACAGGAUGUUCGGCUCAUGGAUGCUUGCACACAGACAGAUAUUACGUUCGAGCACAUUAUGGCUCUGGCCAAGCUAAGACCAACCACACCUCCGGUACCGGAUAUCUGCCCCUUCCUGCUUUCUGACAGCUGCCAUUCUCUUCAUCCAGUUGAACAUGAAUUUUACGAAGGUAAUGAAUACCUUUCCAGUCUGCCUGCGGAUGUAGAUAGAACCGAGGACUUUGAGUACGAGGAAGUUGAACUUUGUCGUGUUAGCAGCCAGGAAAAGCUGGGCUUGACUGUCUGCUACCGCACAGAUGACGAGGAAGACACAGGAAUUUAUAUCAGCGAGGUUGAUCCAAACAGUAUCGCUGCCCGAGAUGGACGGAUCCGGGAAGGAGAUAGAAUUUUGCAAAUAAAUGGCCAAGAUGUCCAGAACCGGGAGGAGGCAGUGGCAUUGCUCUCCAGCGACGAAUGCAAGAAAAUUGUGCUGCUGGUAGCAAGACCAGAGAUGCAGCUGGAAGAAGGAUGGCUGGAUGAUGAAAGGAACGAAUUCAUAGAGGAGUUAAACUUGGAAAUGUUGGAAGAACCGCAUAAUGAAGCAGUGCAGUACGCAGGCAAUGAAGUGGAGCAGCCAAAAAAGCACGAAGAGGAAGACGGCACAACAGAUACUGCUACCUCAUCAUCCAACAACAAUGAGAAAGACAGUGGAGUGGGCCCCACUGACGAAAGCCAGCGCAAUGAUGAGAGCUCAGAGCAGGAAAACGCACCAGAAGAGCAGAACAAGCCGACCCCAGAGACCCAGCAGGAACCGAGACAGAGCCCGGACACUCUGGGAAGCCUCGAGCUCCAGUGCAACAAGAGUGUAGUGUCUGGGGAAUACAUUGAGUCUGAUUUUGUUGGUAACCAGGAGGAGGACUGUGAAAGGUUUCGCCAGCUGCUGGAACUCAAGUGUAAGAUCCGAAAGCAUGGCGAGUAUGACUUGUAUUACUCAAGCAGUACCAUAGAGUGCAACCGAAGGAAAAAGGACGGGGUGGAGCAUGAGCUGCAGCUGCUCAAUGAGGAACUGAGGAACAUUGAGCUCGAGUGUCAAAGCAUCAUGCAGGCUCACCGGCUUCAAAAAGUGAAAGACCAGUACGGAGACAUUUGGGCACUGCAGGGUGGUACGUUCAGGAAUUAUAACACCAGUAUAGACCUUCCGGGGGGGAAACUGGACGACAUAAUAGAGCACCCAGAGAAAUCGGACAAAGACAGUUCCAGCGCUUACAAUACAGCAGAGAGCUGCAGAAGCACUCCGUUGAAUGUGGAGCGAUCCCCUGACAGUUCUCUCCAGCGGAUGAUUAGCAUCACCAAUAGGAAAAACCUCAGGAGUACCAUUGUGGCUAACCAGUUGUCUUCGAGGCAGAAUGGCAGGGAGACAACGCCAAGCAAAACCAAAGCUGCUGAAAAAAACAGUUCUGUUGAGGAGAAGGAAACAGUUUCAGAAAGUAGCAAAUCGACAGAGCAAGAAAGGCAGAGCCCCGAGCAUAUUCCUUAUUUGUCCCCAUAUCAUGGCUCCUCAUACAGGUAUGGGAAUAUCCCUGCACACGCUAAGCAUUAUCAAAGCUAUAUGCAGCUGAUACAGCAGAAAUCUGCUGUAGAAUAUGCCCAGAGCCAGCUCAGCCUAGUGAACAUGUGCAAAGAUUCGCAGAAGUGUACGGAGCCCAAGAUGGAGUGGAAAGUGAAAAUAAGGAGCGACGGGACGAGGUAUAUCACCAAAAGACCUGUAAGAGACAGAAUUCUGAAGGAACGUGCCUUAAAGAUUAAAGAGGAGCGCAGUGGGAUGACGACAGAUGAUGAUACAAUGAGCGAAAUGAAGAUGGGUCGUUACUGGAGCAAAGAGGAACGGAAGCAGCACCUGGUGCGAGCCAAGGAGCAGAGGCGGCGGCGGGAAUACAUGAUGCGUAGCAGGCUAGAGUGUCUUAAAGAGAGCCCUCAAAGCAGCAGCGAGGGCAAAAAGGAAAUUAACAUCAUUGAACUCAGUCACAAAAAGAUGAUGAAAAAGAGGAACAAGAAGAUUUUGGACAACUGGAUGACUAUCCAGGAACUUAUGACACAUGGUGCUAAAUCUCCGGAUGACACAAAAGUACACAAUGCUUUUUUAUCAGUUACUACAGUAUGAAUAUGUCAAUUCUGGGGGGGAAAGAAAAAGUCUACUACCAGUUUCGGUAGAGUACAAUUGCCUCGUUCAAAGUGGCAUUUUUUAAUAUAUUUUGUGACUGUUUAUAGUUUGAUCUUUUUUGUAAGCAAAUUACUUGGUAAAUUUACAUUUGGUUUUUCAUACAAUAGUAUUUUCGUUAACUGGUAAUUUUGCAGUCUUUCUUUACUCUGCAAUAUAUUCAUAAUAUUAAUUUCUAUUUUAAGGAAAUAAGCAAAACUUAAAAAGGAGGAACUGAUUACUUUCGUAUCCAAUUUUAUGUACUGGAAGUUAAAAACCGGGUCUUUUCCUCUAGAUUUCUUUUUUUAUACUUUACUAAAACUACAAUGCCAAAACAAAAUCCUUUCUACCUUACUCUUGCUUUUUGGCAGUUUAAAUUUUUUAACAUUGUAUGUUCUGUCUGUUUAUAAACCACAUGCCACAUCUCCUCAUGAAGCUCAAGAACUGCAUUUAUCCAACAGCACAUUGUACAGUAAUUUUUAAAUUGCAAUUGUCUUUGUCCAAGUAAAGUGUUGGUAAGAAACUCUUCAGUGAUAUGUUAAUGGCAUUGGUUGUGUAGCUAGGUGAUAUGUGGUAUUUGUGAAGACUGAAGAGAAAUAAAUUAUUUCUUAUCUUUAAGAAAAAUGA